AGUAGGUGCUAUCAAUGUCGAAAGUUGGUGUAUGUCGGAUAACAUCAGUGUUUACUAUAAUACUAUUCACAUUAUCUGUUCUUGGAUACUCACAAUAUUACCUAACACCUCUGGAUACGACAAAGUAUCCCAGUGAAGAAAUAACUAUAGCUAUGUUGUAUGUGUUACCAGGGUUACUAGUAUUGCUCUAUUCCCUCCUACUAUCAAACUACAUCCUAUGUAUAAUCAUCAAACCUCAGAUAAUAGAUGAACAGUAUAGUCUCACAACGACAGAGAUAGCACAGUUCAUGAUACAACCAAACAGUCAGGGUAGUUUCCAAGUGCUGUCCACCUUGACAAGUGAGUACGUUAAAGCAAGGCCUGAUCUACAAGUCAGAGAAAGGGACUACAGGCACGGUGGCUUGAGAAUAUGUGAAAUGUGCAGUAUUAUAAAGCCAGACAGGUUCAUCACUGUGGCAUCUGUAAACGAUGUGUAAUGAAGAUGGACCACCACUGUCACUGGGUGAACAACUGUAUCCACGAGGGUAACCACAAGUACUUCAUACAGUGCAUUGCGCUGGGUGUAAUGAUAUCUCUUGUUACCAUUAUACACUACUCAAUAAACAUGAGCUGCUCGAGUUGUAAGAUAAUACCAGACCUCUCCAAUAAAGACUACACAGUCUGUCUGUUACUGUACAUGUCUACGGGACUGUCAACCUUAAUAGCUUUGUUGGUUACAUUUUUAACUCUGGAUCAUUGCACCAACAUGUUCCGAGGACAGACUAGUUAUGAACGAGUAUACGAGCGGGACCAUUACAACAGAGGUUGGAAGAAGAACUUCAUGGAGAUAAUGGGACAGGGUGCGUGUGAGUGGUUCUGUCCUGUUGCUCCGACUAAACUCUCUCCUGAGCAGGAGCCUCUCAUCAUCACUGUUGUUGAGCCCUCCUCCGCAGCCUGGUUAGAAACAACAAACAACAGAGCGUACACCCAGUACGAGAUAGAGGACGAGACCACGUCCUCCCGCCACAGUCGACAAAGUACCAGUAGUCAGGGGAGAAGCAAUGAGCGGUCACGUGACGUCAGUCUGGACGAGUUCGCGGACGACACUCUGAGUCUCCAGCAGGGACAGGUGGGGCAGAGUAACAGUGUAGUUACCAUGGUAACAGAGGGGCACAGGGACUCUUCAAUGGUCACCAGAGUGCGGACACCUAGUACCAUUGAGAGUACAAAGUGAGGGUGAAGUUAUUUAGAAAGUUAAUUAUUGGCUUGUGAUCGAAACUGCUCAUACGUGAAAGCUAGGUUAUUAUCAGACUUUAAAGUCAGUUUCUUUCCUCGAAGGUGAAACUGUUCACGUGAAACAACAAAACCACGUUUCAAAUGAUCUGGAAUAAUUUUUAUUUGUGUUUGCUGAAUAGUAUAGCACUGCUGAUAGUCUGUUUUGUAUACAACAAGCAUUCCCAAACUUUCUUCGAAAGUGAACUCCUAGCAGCCGUCCAACUGAUUUUGUUGACACAGAGAAGCUUGACGAUGUCUCUCUUCUCGUUUGAUAGGGCAAAUUUGAAAUUUUUCGAAGAAAAUUUUAAAAUAUUGCAAAAUUGUGAAAAAUUGAAAAUGGGUUUUGACACAUUUUUGCAAGAAAUAACUAACAUAUAAGACCUAACAAGCAUUCCCAAACCGAUUUCAUUUGAUUUGCUCCUUCAUAAAAUAGAAAAAUUAUAAUUUCAAAUUUGCACACGAGACUUGAAGUUGAAACACCCUGUAGAGCGCGCUGAUUUGAGCGGGGUUUGAUUUGGUUUGACACACAAGAACGUUUGUCUUAUAUUGAAAGACAGUGACAUUUUCUACUGGUAUGUUUGAUAUAUCGAGUUUUAUUUGGUUUUAAAUGAUGUGUUUUUAAUAGUGUUAUUUUAUUAAAGAUUAAAGAAAUGUGUCAAGAAUUAUCAGAUUGUAAGUUUUAAUCAGCUCCUUUAAACUACCUAAUAUAGAUGAUAUGAGUAAUUAAUCUGUUAUCUAUCAUCUUGUAAGAAAUGAUUAACAUCAUUUCUGUAAAAAUAUAGUGUACUGAUAUAUUAAACUUUGUUUGACGAGUUUAGUAAUUUUUUGACUUCUGUUUGUGGAGUAUGGACAGUAAUAACGUGCCCGUGAAAGA